CCAGGAAGGGGCGGGCCCGCUGGGAGCCAGUCGGUCCCGCGCCCAGCCGCGCCGGCCGGGAGGGGGCCGGAUCGCGGACCAUGGCGGCGACGGCGGGCCCGGAGGGAAGGCGCGGGGCCCUGGAGGCGGCGGUGGCGGCACCUGAGCGGGGCGGCGGGAGCUGCGUGCUGUGCUGCGGGGACCUGGAGGCCACGGCGCUGGGCCGCUGCGACCACCCGGUGUGCUACCGCUGCUCCACCAAGAUGCGGGUGCUGUGCGAGCAGCGCUACUGCGCCGUGUGCCGCGAGGAGCUGCGCCAGGUGGUCUUUGGGAAGAAGCUUCCUACCUUUGCCACAAUCCCUAUCCAUCAGCUUCAGCAUGAGAAGAAGUAUGACAUCUACUUUGCUGAUGGAAAAGUGUUUGCCUUGUACAGGCAGCUGCUGCAGCACGAGUGCCCACGGUGUCCUGAGCUGCCGCCUUUCGGCCUCUUUGGGGACCUGGAGCAGCAUAUGCGGAAGCAACAUGAGCUAUUCUGCUGCAAGCUGUGCCUCAAACACCUCAAGAUCUUCACAUACGAGCGCAAGUGGUACUCGCGCAAGGACCUGGCUCGGCACCGCAUGCAGGGGGACCCCGACGACACGUCGCACCGUGGGCACCCGCUCUGCAAGUUCUGUGACGAGCGCUACCUGGAUAACGACGAGCUGCUCAAGCACCUGCGUCGCGACCACUACUUCUGCCACUUCUGCGACUCAGAUGGGGCCCAGGACUACUACGCGGACACGGCGUAUCUGCGUGAGCACUUCCGAGAAAAGAACUUUCUGUGCGAGGAGGGUCGCUGCAGCACCGAGCAGUCCCACGCAUUCCGCACGGAGAUCGACCUCAAAGCCCACAGGACGGCCUGCCACAGCCUGAGCCGCGCCGAGGCCCGCCAGAACCGCCAGAUCGACCUGCAGUUCAGCUACACGCCGCGGCACUCGCGCCGGAACGAGGGGGUCGUUGGUGGCGAGGACUACGAGGAGUUGGACAGGUACAACCGCCAGGGCCGCACGGGCCGGGCCAGCGGUCGCGGAGCCCAGCAGAGCCGCCGAGGAAGCUGGAGGUACAAGAGGGAAGAAGAGGACCGAGAAGUGGCAGCUGCCAUCCCCUCGGUGGCCGCACAGCAGCAGCAGCAGCAGCAGCAGGACACACGCAGGAAUGAGGACCAGGAGGAGGGCAGCAGGCCCAGGAAGGAGGAGGCAGGUGCGCGGGGUCCUGAGGAGCCCCGGGGCCCCCGGCGCCCGCCCCGGACUCAAGGUGAAGGCCCAGGCUCCAAGGAAGCCUCAAUAAAUGGUCCUGUGAGCCAAGAGGCCUUGCCAGCAACUGGCUUGGCUGCAGCAGCCACAUUCCCAAGUGCUCUCCCGCCCCCCACUUCAAAGCUCAAGGACGAAGACUUCCCCAGUCUCUGUGCCUCCACUUCUUCCCCCUGCUCCGCAGCAGCUGCCCUGGGCCCCAUGGGGCUGGCGCUGGCCUACUCUGUCCCCGCCAGGGGCAGGAGCACCUUCCAGGAGGAGGACUUUCCUGCCCUGGUGUCCUCUGCCUCCAAGCCCAGCACUGCCCCCACCAGCCUCAUCUCUGCCUGGAACAGCAGUGGCAGCAAGAAGGUGGCGCAUCCCGCCCCAGGGGCCCAGUCUGCCAGCGGGGGAAGCCAGCCCUCCAGGAAGGCUGGGAAGGGGGGUAAGGGUGGUAAAAAGAGCGGACUGCCCCGCACGGAGGAGGAGGAGGAGGAGGAUGGCCGCUCCGGCCUCACCACCCAGGAGCUGCGGAGUGUGCCCACGACAGUCGCUGUCUCUUCCCUGCUGGCCGUGGCCUCCACCCAGACCUUCACCAAGGUCGGCAAGAAGAAGAAGGUGGGCUCCGAGAAGUCGGGUGCCUCAUCUCCCCUGCCACUGCCCCCUGACAAAGAUGGGCCCCCCGGGGCUGAGCAGGCCCCCGCGGCCCCCACUGGCAGAGCUGAGGGGUCAGCUGCUGUCAUCGUCAACGGACGCACAGAGGGGCUCGUCCCAGCUCGGAGCGCCCCCAAGGAACCCCCUGGGCUCCCGAGGCCCCUGGGGCCCCUCCCCUGCCCCACGCCCCAGGAAGACUUCCCAGCGCUCUGCGGCCCCUGCCCGCCCAGGAUGCCCCCGCCCCCAGGCUUCAACACCGUGGUGCUCCUGAAGGGCGCUCCGCCUCCACCUCCACCGGGUCUGGUGCCCCCCGUCAGCAAGCCACCCCCCGGCUUCUCUGGCCUUCUGCCUAGCCCCCACCCGGCCUGUGUCCCCAGCACUACGACCACCACGAAAGCGCCAACACCCGUGCCACAGGCCUACCUGGUCCCCGAGAACUUCCGAAGGAACCUGCAGCUCAUCCAGUCCAUCAAGGACUUCCUGCAGAGCGACGAGGCCUGCUUCAGCCAGUUCAAGAGCACUCGGGACAGUUCACAGACAGGGCGUGAUCUCCGCAGCCCGUAUUACAAGAGCUGCCGGGACCUGCUGGGGGAGAACUUCCAGAAGAUCUUCAACGAGCUGUUGGUGCUCCUGCCCGACACGGCCAAGCAACAGGAGCUGCUGUCUGCACACACAGACUUUCGAGGCCGUGAGAGGCCUCCCAGCACCAAGGCCAAGAAGAACAAGAAGAGUGCAUGGCAGGCCAGCACCCAGCAGGCGGGCCUGGACUGCUGCGUGUGCCCCAUCUGCCAGCAGGUGCUCGCGCACGGCGAUGUCAACAGCCACCAGGCGCUGCACGCCGCCCGGGACGACGACUUCCCCUCCUUGCAGGCCAUCGCCAGGAUCCUCACGUAGCUCCCGGACGUAGCUCCUGCCAGCGCAGGCAGGAGCCGCCACACCCAUGAGCCUCCUUUCUCCCUCUUCCUCCCUCUGGGCUGCCAGGCAGCCAGGUAAGGGCCCUGGUGAGGCCACCCGCUCAGGCCCUCAGCUGGCCAGCCUGCCAGGGAUCACCAGGAAGGCCCGCCCCACCUGUCAGCACACCGUCAUGCAGGAGUCCAUCCUGGUUUUUCUCCUGGGAACUGGAGAAGACCCCUGCCUCAGCAGCAGGCCUAGUCUGGGUUUACAUCUCGUGCUUUUGGAAGGUGCGGGGACGGGAAGGGCUGGGAUUGCCAGGGACCUGUGUGUGCUUGUCAGAGCCGGGUGGCCACAGUGGCCCGAUCUGGGACUGCCUGAGCCUGAGGGCUGCGGCACUGUGGUCCCUGAGCUGUGGGGCCACGGGUGCUGGAGUCAGAUGUUGAGUGUGUUGUGUAAAACAGUGGCUGUUUCGUUAUUCAAGAACGUUCAGGAUUAAAAGCAGACACGAAAUUG